AUAGAGAAUCAGGGAUGGGAUGAGCGAGUGAAUGAGUGUCGUGACGUUAUGGUUUGUUUACAUUGAAGAGCUUGGUGAGAGGAGCUGUGUGGUGCCUCGCUAUGGCCCUCCCUGACACUCUCGCUGCUGACACUCAACCACAGGCACCCCGCAGGACCUGAAGGAGUGUGUGUAAGGCUGCUGGUAACGCUGUGACGCCCGUGGGUUGAGUAGUCCUCGUGGUGGUGGUGGUGUACAGCACUCGUCACGCAGAAAGUUACUUGUGGCACAGACACAGAUUGUGGCAGCAGGAUGUGUGACAUGGAGGUGGAACGUGUGGUGGGUGGCCUCUGUGCCGGGCAGAAGCUGGAGCGGGACAGAGCAGUGGCUGACCUUAACCUGAAGGUGAAGACAUACUCCCCCGAGCUAGUGCAAAGCCUUCACACCGCCAUCCUGGACAUCCUCACUGACUCCACCAGUCCUUGGGAGAGUAAGCACGGGGGCCUGCUGGGCAUGAGAGCCAUGAUGAUGGUGAGCACUGCAGACCCUGAGAGCCCCAUGCUGGCUGAGAUCAGGCAGGCAGCACUCAGGCUUCUCACACACCAGGAAGUGAGGGUCAGGGGAGCUGCAGGAGAGGUGCUGGGGGCCCUCUGCCAGCAGGAUGGUGGGGCCACCUACACCACCAGCUCCAGCACCGUCUUGCAGCUCAUACGCAGCAACCUGGAGAGAGAGGUGACGGAUGACGAGGCUUCCCGCAGCGAGCACGAGAAUACCCGCAUACUGAUGGAGAAGCUCUCGGCCGGCACUAGGGAGAGGGUGAGCAGCUGGGAAGGGGCAGGAGAGAUGUGCAGAGAUGAGUUGAGAAACAGUGGAGAUGCAGCACAAAUCUUCCAUGACACGGCUGGCUGGAGGAAUCUUGAGACCAGCAUGAAGUGUCUGGAGCACAUGAUUAUUGGGACAGGACAUAAGUUCCUUUCCUUCAUCAACCAGGAAUUGCUGGACCUCAUAUUUCAAGCUCUGACCCACACCAACCGCUUUGUGAGGGAGACGGGCUUCAGUGUGUGUGGAGCACUGGUGUCCUGUGGAGCUGAGGAGGGUGCUGAACUGCUGGAGAGCAACCCCAUGUUUACGUUUGGUGAUCAGCUGACACAGCAUCUUGGAAAAGGCCUUGCUGACAACUGGAGUCAGGUCCGUUUAGCAUCUUCAGUGGCCACACGCAAGUUCUUGAUCUCGCUGCCAUCUGCAGCCCGUGAGCGCUUCUACCCAACACUGCUGCCUCGUCUCUGCCUCAACAGGUACUACGUAGCAGAAGGUGUUCGUCUGUACUCCCAAGAGACGUGGCGGCAGGUGACUGGUGCUGAGGGCAAGACACUGGUGGAGAAGUACAUUGAUUCUGUGGUGAGUUACUACAUUGAGGCAACAGGUGCAGACAACCAUGCAGUGCGGGAAGCUGCUUGUGCCUGUAUUGCUGAACUUGCCCUCAAGCUCACCACAGACGCAGUGAGGCAACAUGUCCCUCGCCUCCUGCAUGCCCUUACAGUCUGCUUCACUGAUGACUCCUGGCCUGUGCGGGAUGCUGCUUGUGUGGCGUGUGGCAAUUUCAUCCUGUGUUUCCCGGAGGAGGCUCUGGGUUCCAUGGAGGAGCUGUACCCACUCUUCUUCACCAACCUGGAGGACAACAUCCCGUCAGUGCGCCAGGGGGCUGCAGUAGCCAUCGCCAAUGUGGUGCGGGCGUAUGGGAAGGAUUCACUGCCCCUGGUGGUGGAGAGACUGCAUGGCGGGCUGAAGGGCAUAGAGGAGCAGCCAUCAGAAAGUGAGCGGUAUGGCAGCUUGGAGGGUGGCCUCAGCACCUAUGGAGUGGUGAAGAGGAAGCGAGAUAAUGACAUGGACCUGCACUCCAACAAGCAGAUGUACUCCUGUGGGUCGCUGGCACCCAAGAUGGGAAGAGGAGGUGGCGGCUGCUCCGACUGCAGGUUCCGCCGCCCACCACAGCUGUGGGAGAGGGCUGACGGGUGCAUUUAUCUGGCGGGGGAGUUAGCAGGAGUGCCUGAGGCUGCAGCAGAGGUGACGGCUUGCCUGCCCACGAUGGCCGAGGCUGUGCGGCACAAGCACUACACCAGCCAUGUCACGCUGCUGGAAACGCUCUGCAAGACGCUGCCACACCUUGCCCGUGGUCUCAGCAAGCGGGUCUUCAAAACACACCUCCACCUCUUCCUGGACUCCAUCUUUUAUGCCUUGGAGUGUGAGAAUGCCCUGACCUCCUCUGCUGCCAGCCAGUGUCUCAGUCAACUUGCUCAGCUGCUCGGACCCAACAUUCUGAGGGGACGGGUGGAGGAACACAACCCAAGUUAUCUGAGAGCUCUGGAUGCCAACGCCUUCACUGGUCCCCUGUGAUGCUGUGGAGAUGACAGGACUUACUGCUGCUUCACCUCUGCCCACUCUGGCUGUGCUGGAACAGCUGGCUGGCUGGAGGCAACACCACUACAGCAAUGUGGAUAUCUUAACACUAUGGCUGUGAAUCCUUGAACCUGCUAUGAAAUCCUGCCUCUACUACAUAAAUUUAACUUACAAUGAACACUACAUUAUAAUUUCUUUAUCAAUUAGAGACUGGACAACAGCUACAUGGAAAAACUCCAUCCUACAAGUUUUGUGGUACCUAAGGAAACUACUGUAAUGCAUACCAUGUACUUGAGCCUUCUACCUACUACAUAUAACCUUGUAUCUGUGAUGAUCAGCAUGCAAGUCCAAGUUCACUAGUUCUUACACCUGAGCUACUACUUGCUAUUUUCUAUUUUUGGAGAGUUGCUAUACAGGAAGUGUUCCCAUGUGAUGGCUCCUGGUUCUUCUUCUUUUGUUCAGUGCAGUAAAUCUGUCAAAGAAAGAAGGUUAUCACUAGAUGCUUUACCUUCUCAGGAAGUGGUGUAUGACUGUCUUGAGGUCUUAAGGGAAGGAAUGGUUGUGGAGGCAGCACUAAAUGAUCAUUCCGCUGCUGCUUCAUCCACCCCACUGGAGUGUCUCGAUCAUGGAAGGAAAGUGUACCAUUUAUAAGCAAAAGAAAAGACUCAAGUGUAGAUAUACCUGGAAUGGUGUGCUUUCUAUGUAUCCAGUGCUGUACCUGGGUAGCAACGCCUCUCCCAAACAUGCCACUCCUCUUCAGGGUUUGAGGGUCAGAGCAGCUUUGCAGUGUUACUUUUCCUUUGCUUCCUAGGGGUUGUGAUUUUGGUUCUGACUCACGGCUGUUUUUUGGAGGGGGAGGCCAUGCUGGAGAACAUAACCAGCUAUACAAGAACCUGUUGCUGUGCCAUAACUUGGUCCAUUUUCAUACUUAUUUCUCCCAUUUCAUCAUGCAGCUUGAAUGCAGUCACCCAGUUUCUCUGUUAUUGGUGCGAGGUGUGUUCUGUAAAUAGAGAGGUAAAUAUAUAAGCCAUGGGUCAUAAUCCAGGGUAGUAUGUUAAUGACUAUAACAAUAAUGCAAUCACAAACUAGCUGUAAUAUCAGUAUUUGUCCAAGGCAGGAAUUUUAACCAAACUGCACUGAUGGUGUAUUCCUCUCUCAGUUUCAGAUUACAGAGAGAUAGCAGGUUGGCAUUAUCUUGGUGUGUAUGUUGCAAUGUUAUGUCAAUAAAAUAUAAAAAUACA